CUCUCCUGUGCACGCUCCCAUUUCUCCUGUGCAUUUUGGGGAAGAGUGUAUGUGACUGUCUGUGUGACCUACCUUGGAGAGAGAGAGACUACCUAAGGAUGAAGCUGCUGUUUGUUGCUACGUUUGCUCUCUUUGCUCUCAGCUCUGUGAAUAGAGUGGAUUCUUCAGCCUACGACAAGAUAGUGACACACAGCCGCAUCCGGGCCAGAAUCCAGGGACCCAAUGUGUGUGCCCUACAGCAGGUGAUGGGCACUAAGAAGAAGUACUUCAGUACGUGUAGGAACUGGUACAAGGGCUCCAUCUGUGGGAAGAAGGCGGUGGUUCUGUAUGAGUGCUGUCCUGGCUACAUGAAGCUGGAAGGCAUGAAAGGAUGCCCUGCAGUGGCUCCUAUAGACCAUGUGUAUGGCACAUUGGGCCUGGUGAAGGCUAGUACCACACAGGAGUAUUCUGACCUUUCUAAGCUGAGGGAGGAGAUCGAAGGGAAGGGAUCAUUCACCAUGUUCACCCCAAGCAACGAAGCCUGGGAUCUGCUGCAACCUGAGGUGCGUAGUGCCUUGGUGAGCAAUGUGAACGUCGAGCUGUACAACGCCCUGCACUACCACAUGGUCAACCGGCGCAUGCUAACGAAAGAUCUGAAGAACGACAAGUAUAUCACCUCCAUGUACAACAACAUGGGACUCUACAUCAAUCACUACUCCAAUGGGAUCGUCACAGUGAACUGUGCCAGGAUUAUCCAUGGUAACCAGGUGGCGACCAAUGGGGUGGUCCAUGUCAUCGACCGUGUCAUCACCGCUGUAGGCAACACUAUCAAGGAUAUCCUGGAGGUCAACGAAGACCUCUCCUCCUUCAGCGCUGUAGCCUUGGCCUCAGGGGUGAUGGAUAAAAUGGGCCAGCCAGGUCACUUCACCCUGUUUGCUCCCACCAACGAGGCCAUGGAGAACCUCGGGGCCAGCUUCCUGGAACGCAUCAUGGGAGACAAGGAAGUCAUCGGAGCCCUGGUGAACUAUCACCUGUUAAACAGUGUGCAGUGCUCUGAGGCCAUCAUGGCUGGGUCUGUGUACGAGACAGUGGAGGGCAGCACCAUUGAGAUCGGCUGUGACGGAGACAGCCUGACGGUCAACGGGAUCAAGAUGGUCCUGAAGAAAGACAUUGUCACCUCCAACGGAGUCAUCCACCUCAUCGACAAGGUCCUCAUACCUGACUCAGCCAAAGAGGUGAUGGAGCUGGUUGGUGAAUCCCAGAGCACCUUCAGUGACAUGGUGUCAGAGCUCGGCCUAUCAGCUGCCAUGAAGCCAGAGACAGAGUACACGCUAUUGGCUCCCCUCAACCCUGCAUUCUCCGAUGAGGUCAUGUCUAUAGACCAGAGUAUGCUCAAGGUGAUCCUAGAGAACCACAUCCUGAAAUUAAAACAUACGCUGAGUGAACUCUACAAUGGGCAACUGCUAGAAACCAUCUCCGGAAAGCUAUUGCGUGUCUUCAUCUACCGCACAGCUGUGUGUAUAGAGAAUGCCUGCAUGCUGCGGGGCAGUAAAGAGGGCAGCAACGGAGCUCUUCAUCUGAUGAGUUCUCUCAUCAAACCAGCUCAGACCACCAUCUACCAACUUCUCAUGUCUGAUGGACGCUUUAAUAUCUUCCUGUCUCUGAUGGAGAGUGCAGGUCUGACAGAGCUGUUGAAACAGGAGGGAUCCUACACCGUGUUCGCCCCGACAGACGAAGCCUUCGACGGUCUCACAGAACAGGAUAUCACCAUGCUCACCAGCGACGUGAACAUCCUGAGGACCAUUCUGCUGUACCACUUCAGUAACGGCGUCUUCAUCAACGGGGGACUGGAGGGAGGGGUCACCAACCUGCUCAAGACCAUCCAGGGACACAACCUGCAAGUGCUGUCUGUGAACAGUUCCAUCAACGUCAACUCGGUGGACGUGCCAGAUAUUGACCUGAUGGCCACCAACGGAGUGAUCCACGUUGUGAAGAACAUUCUUUACCCCGGGGACCUGCCUGUGGGUCGCGAGGACCUGCUGGUGUUGCUGAAAAGGCUCAUCAAGUACAUCCAGAUCAAGUAUGUCUCUGGAUUCUCCUACACCGAAAUCCCCCUCACCUUCAUCAAGAGGACAGUCACCACGACAACAACCCACAUCAGAGUAGAAUCAGUGCCGGAAAUUAAAGGAGAGCCAACUGUCACCAAGGUAACAAGGUUCAUCGACGGCGAACCCACUAUCACCAAGGUUACCAGGGUCAUCGAGGGCGAACCCAUUAUCACCAAGUUUACUCGAGUCGUUGAGGGCGAGCCAACCUUCACCAAGGUGACAAGAGUCAUCGAAACGGAACCCAGUUUAACCAAGGUGGUCAUCGAGGGUGAGCCCACAUUCACUACAGUGACCAGGGUGAUCGAGGGAGAACCAAGCAUCACAAAGGUCACCAGAGUUAUUGAGACUCACAGUGGUUCCUCAGAUGGAGGGCUGGAGACUGACGGAGACAUUAAGAGGAUUCUGGAAGAAGAGGUGUCUAAGGUAAAGAAGUUUCUGGAGAGUGAGGUUCAUAUUCUCCAGGAGGAAGAGAUCAAGAAACUCGUAGAGGGAGGUGCAACCGGAUACACAACGGUCACCAAGCUCAUCGAGCCUCAGGUCAUUGAGGGCCCAGAUUUCGCUAAGAUCACCACCAUUCACGGCAACCCGGAAAUGAUUGCCCAAGAGUCAGAGAGGAUCACCAAACUAAUCCAAGAUGGAGGCAGUAAAGGUGCCCCAGAUGGAGGCAGUAAGGGUGCCCCGGCCAAAAGAUCCCCAGCUGGUGUUAGGAGGAGGAAGGCAAGGCUGGUGAGACGCCACAACAACCAAAACCCACGUCCGGCCCUGACCCGUCCAAACCAGCUAAGACCAGUCCAGACCAGUUCAAACCAGCUAAGACCAGUCCAGACCAGUCCAAACCAGUAAGGACCAGUCCAGACCAGUCCAAACCACACCAGCCCUGCAGGAAUCCAUUUCCAGAUCAUUAUUGAGGCACAGCAAGGAACACAACAACACUUUCUAUGUUCCCUUGAUGGGAAAAGAGAAAGUAUGAAAACAUGUCUGUUUGAAAAGAUGUUGAUAAUACUUAUUUUCAAACUAUUUUGUUCUCUGGGCAGAGGUGAAUAAUGAACUUAACCUACAGUAGAGUGAAACAACUGGACCAAUGGUGUCGGACAUGAUGUGUUUUAACAAUGCUAAGAUAAUCGGUGUUCCUACAUGAUGUGUUUUAACAAUGCUAAGAUAAUCGGUGUUCCUACAUGAUGUGUUUUAACAAUGCUAAGAUAAUCGGUGUUCCUACAUGAUGUGUUUUAACGAUGCUAAGAUAAUCGGUGUUCCUACAUGAUGUGUUUUAACAAUGCUAAGAUAAUCGGUGUUCCUACAUGAUGUGUUUUAACAAUGCUAAGAUAAUCGGUGUUCCUACAUGAUGUGUUCUAAUAAUGCUAAGAUAAUCCGUUUUCUUACUUGUAAGUAAUAUUUGAAUGCAAGGACAUGUACUUUUAAUAACUUUUAUGAACUUUUACUGUGGUGCAGAUGAGGUAGAAGGUUUGAAAUAAUAUUUCUACAACGGAAAGAUGAUGAUGUUUGUUAGUUUUUUUUGCUCAGUUUAGUUUAAUUGAUGGCUUGAUCUGGAAGACAUUUUGUAUGUUUUAUAAUGGUGCUGGCAUUCUGUAUUACGGAUUAAUCUUGACCAAUAGGAAUGAAGCAUUGUGUAUUAUGGAUGCAUCUCAACCAAUAGGAACUAAGCAUACUAUUACAAAUGCAUCUCAACCAAUAGGAACUAUGCAAUACUAAUGCUGUACGUUAUCUAAACUUAAUUAACAACCAACCAAACAGAAUCCUGUUUCGAUAGUUUAGUUCCGUAUCAGAAUGGAUUAUUUUCUGAUUUCCUGUUUUAAUUGGUUUGUGUUGAUCUUUUAGCGAGGCUUCCUGCUGUUAGAACUGUUGAUGUUCAGCUGUACCAUUAUACCUUUGCAAUCUAUGCACCUUUUUACCUCUGUGUCGUUUUGAAAAUAAAUGUUCAAUAAAAGUUACAGUUGAAUGUGAA